AUGCCCUCGCGAGGCGCCAUGGAGGAGGAGGAGGAGAAGGGGGAGGUCGGGCUGCACCGGCUGUUCCGGUUCGCGGACGGCGCGGACGCGGCGCUCAUGGCCGCAGGGGCCGCCGGCGCCGUCGCCAGCGGCGUGGCGCAGCCGCUCAUGACGCUCGUCUUCGGCGAGGUCGUCCACGCCUUCGGCUCCGGGUCCCGCCGCGACGUCCUCCACCGCGUCUCCGGGGUGUGCCUGAAGUUCUUGUAUUUGGCCGUCGGGUCAUGGUUUGCUUGCUUCCUCCAGGUUGCAUGCUGGAUGAUAACUGGAGAAAGACAAGCAGCUCGUAUACGAGGUCUCUAUCUCGAAGCUGUAUUGAGGCAAGACAUUGCAUUUUUCGACAAGGAGAUAACCACUGGACAAUUGGUUCAGAGGAUGUCUGGUGAUACAAUACUUAUCCAGGAUGCAAUAGGUGAAAAGGUCGGGAAGUUUUUGCAACUUACUGCCACAUUUGUUGGAGGGUUUGUAGUUGCUUUCUCUAAAGGAUGGCUUUUAGCAGCUGUAAUGCUGUCAAGUAUCCCUCCUAUAGUAAUUGCUGGAGCAGCUAUGUCAUGGACUGUAUCGAGACUAUCAAGCCAGGGUCAAGCUAAGUACAAUCAAGCAGGAAAUGUUGUUGAACAGACAAUCGGAGCAAUCAGAACAGUGGCUUCCUUCAAUGGUGAGAAUCGGGCCAUUGCACUAUACAAUAAAUAUAUUAGGAAUGCAUAUAUAUCUGCUGUACAAGAAUGGACAGCUACUGGCCUGGGCUUUGGUUUUGCUAUGUUUAUCCUGUUCUGCAGCUAUGGUCUAACAGCAUGGUUUGGGGCAAAAUUGAUUAUUGAUAAAGGAUAUGACGGAGGGCAGGUUGUAAGUGUCUGGAUGGCAUUCAUGACUGGUGCAAUGUCACUAGGUGAGGCAACUCCAUGUGUGUCUGCUUUUGCUUCCGGACGGUCUGCUGGGUACAGAAUGAUGCAAGUAAUUCAAAGGAAGCCAGAAAUUGAUCCCAAUGGAACAGAUGGGGUUGUGCUAGCAGACAUCAAGGGUGAUAUAGAGCUCAGUAAUGUAUACUUUUCCUACCCAUCUAGACCUGACCAACUGAUAUUUGAUGGCUUCUCUUUGCACGUCUUGUGCGGAAAAACAAUGGCUAUAGUGGGUGAGAGUGGCAGCGGGAAGUCAACAGUGAUUAAUCUUGUGGAGAGAUUCUAUGACCCUCAGGCUGGUGAAGUGUUGAUAGAUGGUGUUAACAUAAAGAGCCUGAGACUUGGAUGGCUAAGGGGAAAAAUCGGUCUUGUCAGUCAAGAGCCACUGUUGUUUGCCACUAGUAUCCGGGAGAACAUUACCUAUGGGAAAGAAGAUGCAACAGAUGAAGAGAUAAUGGCUGCGACAAAGCUCGCUAAUGCAGCAAAUUUCAUUGACAAGUUACCCAAUGGCCUAGACACAAUGGUUGGCGAACAUGGGGCACAACUGUCUGGAGGACAAAAACAAAGAAUUGCAAUCACGAGAGCCAUACUAAAAAAUCCCAAAAUCUUGCUGCUUGAUGAAGCGACAAGUGCACUAGAUAUGGAGUCUGAGCGAGCGGUUCAGGAGGCCCUUAAUAGAACCAUGCAAGGCAAGACCACAAUCAUAGUUGCCCAUCGGCUGAGCACUAUAAAAGACGCUGACACUAUAUCAGUUGUACAUCAUGGAAAAGUUGUUGAACAAGGCACGCACACUGAACUACUGAGGAACCCCACUGGUGCAUACUCCCAGCUUAUCCAGCUGCAGGAUAUAACUGGAGAACCAGAUGCAUCUGAUGUAGAUUAUCAAAGGUCUACUUCAGCUGUCAGAAGUGCAUAUCUCAAGAGAUCAAUAAGUGGAGGUGCUUCUUUUGGGAGUACCAGCAUGCAUUUGGUCACGACUGCCAGCAUGAUUGUUCCGGAGAGCACACAUAUUGAACUACUGUCUAAGGUAUCAGACGAAGGUGAAGAAUGCAGGAAGGUGCCCCUCUCCCGUCUUAUUUCUCUGAAUAAACCUGAGAUGCCAGUCCUUCUGUUAGGUACAUUGGCUGUUGUCGUAUCAGGUGUUAUCUUUCCAAUGCUCGGUGUGCUGAUCUCCAGUUCCAUCAAAUCAUUCUAUGAGCCACCUCAUCAACUCCAGAAAGAUUCACGGUUCUGGACAUUGAUGUAUGUAGCAUCAGGAGUUGCUUCAUUUAUUUCUCUGCCAGUGGAAUAUUUCCUUUUUGGAGUGGCUGGUGGGAAAUUGGUUGAGCGCAUUCGUUCUUUAUCCUUUGAAAGCAUUGUUCAUCAAGAGAUCAGCUGGUUUGACAAGCCCUCGAAUGCUAGUGGAACCAUUGGUGCAAGGCUGUCUGUCGAUGCCUCAAAUAUACGACGUCUUGUAGGCGAUUCAUUGGCAUUGAUGGUUCGAAGCACUGUUACCGUUCUUGCUGGAUUUAUUAUUGCAAUAGUUGCAAAUUGGAGGCUUGCCCUUGUUGCCACUGUAGUGCUUCCUUUGGGGGGUCUCCAGGGAUUUCUUCAGAUAAGGUUUUUGGAGGGAUUCAGUGCAGACGCCAAGGCAAUGUAUGAAGAAGCAACUCAAGUGGCAAAUGAUGCUGUCAGCGGUAUUCGAACUGUUGCCUCUUUCUGUGCUGAGCAUAAGGUGAUGAAGACUUACUAUGGAAAAUGCAAAGAUCCAGUGCGACAGGGGAUCCGUCAAGGCAUUGUCAGUGGCUUGGGUUUCGGUGUAUUGUUCUUCGUCCUGUACUCUACAUAUGCCCUUUGUUUCUACGUCGGAGCAAAGUUUAUGGUUGAUGGCAAAGCCACAUUCACUGAAGUAUUCAGAGUGUUCUUUGCUCUGCUCAUGGCAACCAUAGGCGUUUCACAGACAAGCGCGCUAGGUUCAGAUUCUGCCAAGGCCAAGGAAUCAGCGUCAUCAAUAUUUGCACUUAUUGAUCGUAAAUCGAAGAUCGAUCCAAACAGCGACAACGGCAUGGUCUUGGUUGACGUUGCUGGUGAACUCGAACUCCGUCAUGUCUGUUUCUCAUAUCCAUCCCGCCGUGAAAUGCAAAUAUUCAGAGAUCUGAACUUGAGGAUACCAUCCGGGAAGACGGUUGCCCUUGUCGGGGAGAGCGGCUGUGGCAAAUCCACCAUCAUGGCUCUCCUGGAGAGAUUUUACGACCCUGAUUCCGGCAUGAUCACGUUGGACGGCGUGGACAUCAAGGGCCUCAAUGUCAGCUGGCUGCGGCGGCAGAUGGGUCUGGUGAGCCAAGAGCCCGUCCUGUUCAGCGAUACCAUUCGCGCCAACAUCGCCUACGGGAAGCAAGGCGAUGCGACGGAGGAGGAGAUCGUCGCCGCCGCGAAGGCCGCGAACGCGCACCAGUUCAUAUCGGCGCUGCCCCAGGGCUACGACACCUCCGCCGGCGAGAGGGGCGCCCAGCUGUCCGGCGGGCAGAAGCAGCGCGUGGCGAUCGCGAGGGCCGUGCUCCGGGACUCGAGGAUCCUGCUGCUGGACGAGGCGACGAGCGCGCUGGACGCGGAAUCGGAGCGCGCCGUGCGGGAGGCGCUGGACCGGGCAGCGGCCGGCAGGACGACCCUCGUGGUGGCGCACCGGCUGUCGACGAUCAGGGGCGCCGACGCGAUCGCCGUGCUGAGGGACGGCGGGGUCGUCGCCCAGGGCACGCACGAGCAGCUGAUGGCGUCCAGGGACGGCGCGUACGCGUCGCUGGUGGAGCUCCGCAUGAGAUCGGAGCGCGCCGGAGUCUCCUCGUCAGCAUGAAGCUUUGGCUCCCCGAUGGAAUGCUGCCUAGGCCCACAUGGCAGACACCAUUUGUAAAUUUCUGGUCACUGUUUUUGUUCAUACGUCAUACACGUAGCUGUAAAUUUUGUUCACAGCUAGGAUUGUACAUACCUGGUAAACUCAAAUAUGGUGUGCACUUUGU